GUGGCCCCAAAUAAAGGAGGUUGUUCCCCUCCUGACGGCAGUUAUCUCAUCUUUACCAAAAAGGAAGGCACGGUUUGUAAUGCAACCGAUCAGAUUUUUGUUCUCGACCAGGAUGGAGUUAUUUAUCAUAAGUGCAGCAAGAAGGUAGUUUGUCCACAAGACAAUAACCCUACCAAUUGGAAGAAACUUAUGUUAAAGGAUAAAUGCGAUCUGAGCAUUUCAAGGCAUGUCAGGUUGCCGACACACAAUAACCUGAAGAAUUUGAAGAACGAUUUCUGUGUUCAUCCAAACGGUGGAUGGCCUGGGGAGGGAGUGCACUUGUUGUACUGGCCAGGGUGUGGCGAAGAAAGAUUGAAGCUCAACUUCUUUGAACUUGAGAGCGGAAUACGAAGUUACGGUGAAUUUUGUGUGGCCCCAAACAAAGGAGGUUGUUCCCCGCUUGACGGCAGUUUUCUCAUCUUCACCAAAAGGGAAGGCACGGCUUGUAAUGCAACCGAUCAGAUUUUUCUUCUCGACCAGGAUGGAGUUAUUUAUCACAAGUGCAGCAAGAAAGAAGUUUGUCCACAUGCUGCAUCAACUGCCUGA